UUGUUUUGCAUCAGAUUUUUUUUUUCACGAUGGUUUCGCGCGUGACUGCACUCGCAGUGACGGUGGCGCUGGCUGCCAUUGUCGCUGUUGCGGCCGCCACUCCGCUUGACGACUAUGUCAACAAGCCCGACUCGACGUACGCGUACAAGCUGGUCAACCAAGUCAAGGGCCCCGACUAUGUCACAUACAACAUUUUCAUGACCUCGCAGACGUGGCUCACGGCCAACGACACCAACAAGCCCGUUUGGACCCACUGGCUCCAAGUUUGCGUGCCGGACUACCCCGUGCACACGACUCUGGGUCUGCUGUACAUUGAUGGUGGCGGCUCGGCCAACGAGAACGGCAACGCCCCCGACCCAGAUGCUCUGGUGUCGAUCAUUUGCGGAACAUCGCGCGUUGUCGCGGCCCACCUGACCUCCAUCCCCAACGAGCCGAUUGUCUUCACCUCAGACCCGACCCAGGCCUCGCGCUCGGAGGAUGCCAUCAUUGCCUUCACCUGGGAGCACUUUAUCUUCAACAAGAACGACUCGUUCUGGCUCGCCCACCUGCCCAUGACCAAGGCGUCUGUGCGCGCCCUCGACACGAUGACCUCGUUUGUCGGCUCGCUCGGCGGCAAGGCGAUUGCUCCGACCCAGUUCAUUGUUGCUGGCGCCUCCAAGCGCGGAUGGACCACCUGGCUCACCGGCGCCGUCGACAAGCGCGUCGUUGGGAUUGUCCCGAUCGUCUCCCCCUUCGGCAACCUCGUUCCCCAGAUGAACACCAUGUUCCAGGCCUACGGCAACUUUUCCUUUGCCCUUGACGACUACAUGAACGCUGGAUGCAUCCACUACCUCAACACCCAGAGCUUUGUCGAUCUCCUCGCUGCUCUCGAUCCCCUCAACUAUGCCGACCGCCUUGUCAUGCCCAAGCUGAUUGUCUGCGACACUGGUGACGAGUUCUUCCUGCCCGAUAGCAUCGACUACAUGUGGAGCGGCCUCAAGGGCGAAAAGCUCUUCCGUGUUGUGCCCAACGCCGAGCACUCGCUCACGGGCCACCAGCUGGAGGUUGCUGACCAGGUCCUCUCAUUUGUGGAAACCAUGAUUUACAACCACCCCCGCCCCCAGGCCGAUUGGGAGAUUUCCGCCGACGGCACCACCAUUACCUAUCGCCACCUCAGCCCCCAGGUCUUGCCCACCAAGGUCGUCAUGUACCACAACCACCACCCCGGCCCAGCUCGCGACUUCCGCAUCAUCAAGUGCGCCAACUUCAAGGACCCCAAGUGCAUUGAUGUCCGUCUCUGGCUCUCCCAAGAGCUUGUCGACCAAGGCAACGGCGUGUACAUUGCUCAGCAAGUUGCGCCCCAAGUCGGCUACACUGGCUUCUUCAUUGAGGCCGAGUACAACAUUUCGCUCAUUGCCCUCGUCGACCCCUUCAAGGUGACGUCGGGUGUCUCCAUUCUCCCGCAAACGCUGCCCUACCCUCCUUGCGGCUCGAACUGCGCCUGGCCGGAUCCGACCGCCGACGUCGAGCGUUUCGAGUGAUGAUUUCUUUUUUCCCCCCCCCCUUCCUGCAGAGUAGGAUUUUGAUUUGUUUUGCUUUGUUUUUGUCUUGAUUGUGAUUUGUUGUUGAAAGUAAACAGAGCAUCCCGGCAGCGGGGUUGUGUUUUUUUCCAAUGAAUGAAUGGUUACUCUGGAAUUUCUUUGCGAUUGACGAUCGACCGACUCAUCG